AUGAGAGGAAUUUGCGUUUUUGGCAUCGCCAUCGCCUCCCUUGUCGCGCAAGGAGCUGCCGCGCCGCAUUCGCAGCAACAACAAAGCACGGCUGCAAUUCCUGGCAGAUGGAUCGUCACUCUUAAGUCAGGUAUUGACAAGCGCGACGUGGAGCAGCACCUCGAUUGGAUCCACGGAACUCACAGACGGAGCUUGUCUCGCCGUCAGACCAUUGGAGUCGAAAGGACAUUCGGAAUCGGGAAUUUCCAGGCCUACACUGGCGAAUUUGACGAAGCGCUGUUGGCCGAGAUUGAAGCUAAAGAUGAGGUAAUCGCAAUCGAGCCUGACCAUGAAGCUUCGUUGACAGCUCUCACCGAGGUCAACGACCAGCCUUGGGGUCUAGCCAGCCUCUCCUCGCGAGCAAAACUCGCCAGCGCCGACGUGGAUCAUCAGACCUACAUCUACGACACGAGUGCGGGGACAGGCACAUUUGCCUAUGUUCUCGACUCUGGGAUUCGCAUUUCCCAUCCUGAUUUCCAGGGACGCGCGAUCAAGGGCACCAACGUUUUCCCCGAAGUUGCUCACGACGAUGAUUUUGGGCACGGCACGCACGUGGCUGGCACCAUUGGAUCCCUAAGGUUCGGUGUCGCAAAGAAUGCCACCCUUGUCGACGUGAAGACGACCAGGACGUUGGAGUGGUCUGUACAGAAUAUCACCAACACUCCUGGGAGGGCUGGCAAGUCUGUCAUCAGUAUGAGCUUAGCGACUGCUACAUCCACAGCUUUGAAUGACGCCGUCGACGCAGCCACGGCCUUGGGCGUCUUCGUCGUCGUCGGUGCUGGGAACGAUGGAAAGGAUGCUUCCACGAGAUCACCAGCUAGCGCGCCGACGGCCUUCACGGUUGGUGCGAUUGACAUCAAUAGCACCAGAGCUACGUGGUCCAACUUUGGGCCUUCUGUGGAUGUCUUUGCUGCUGGUGUGGAUGUGAGGUCGACUUCGUUGUACCAGGAUGGAACUGAGCUUCUGUCGGGAACGUCAAUGUCAACACCACACAUCUCCGGGUUGGCGUUAUAUCUCAAGGGAUUGGAGGGCUCUGCUGUGGAUGCACCUGGGGCGAUCGGUGCACGCAUCAAGGAACUUGCUACUAAGGACAUUGUUACCGAUCCUGGAGUUGGCAGUCCUAAUCUUGUUGCAUACAAUGGGAAUGGCCGACGAUGA